AUCGAGACGUUGUUGAGACCCCUUAACCCCCAAAUUCACCAGCUUCCUUUCAUUUAUCUUUUCCAUUUUGAACAAUCUCUCUCUCUCUCUCUCUCUCUCUAGUCUAAAACCAAAAAAAAAAGUAUCUAACUUUCGUCAUCUUCAAACUCGGAUCAUCAUCUGUAAAGUUCAUCUUCUUCCUCUCUAAUUCCGAUUUCAGAAAGAGAGAGUUUACAUCAUCAGAUCAGAUCUGGGGAGGGAAUGGAUAGCAGUUACUCCGUCAUUUCCAAAAACUCUAACGUCGAGCUACAGAAACAGACCUCCAAGUUGCUUCCUCCUUCCGAUGAAGAAAGCUUCGUCAAUGAUUUCGACGACACCCGCAGCCUCGUCGGCGACCAAGAUGCCGACGGUCUAGACUUCGACAUCUCUAAUUACCCACUCGUUAACGCCAAAUCGAGUCAAGGAGGAUCUGGGAUCCACGGCGCCGUUUUCAACCUCACCACCUCCAUCAUCGGCGCCGGGAUCAUGGCAUUGCCCGCCACCAUGAAAGUCCUCGGCUUGGUCCUCGGGUUCGUUCUGAUCAUCCUCAUGGCGAUUCUGUCGGAGAUCAGCGUCGAGCUUCUGAUUAGAUUCUCGGUUCUGUACGAGUCCAGAUCUUACGGCGAGGUCGUGCAGUUCGCGAUGGGAAGAACCGCUAGGGUUUUGUCUGAGAUUUGCAUCAUCGUCAACAACGGUGGCGUCCUCGUUGUAUACCUCAUCAUCAUGGGUGACGUCAUGUCUGGUUCGCUUCAUCACAUUGGUGUUUUGGAUCAGUGGUUAGGCAAUGGGUUCUGGGACCACCGUAAAGUUUUGAUUUUGAUUGUUAUGGUCGUCUUCUUGGCUCCUCUCUGCGCUUUGAACAAGAUUGAUUCCUUGAGCGUGACCUCAGCUGCUUCCGUGGCUCUCGCUGUUGUGUUUGUUGUUGUCUGUUUCGCUGUCGCGGCGAUUAAGCUUGUAGAAGGAACUAUCGAUACUCCGAGGUUGAGUCCUGAUUUUAGCUCCAAGGAAGCGAUAUUAGAUCUUCUCGUGGUGAUUCCGAUAAUGUCAAACGCUUACGUGUGCCAUUUCAAUGUUCAGCCGAUCUAUAACGAGCUCGAAGGUCGUUCGCCUCAUAAGAUGAACCGAGUUGGGAGAAUCACGACGGCUAUUUGCGUUGUUGUCUACGCUUCAACUGCUAUAUCGGGUUACCUUCUCUUCGGUGUGGCUACGGAAGCUGAUAUAUUGACCAACUUUGAUCAAGAUCUCGGCAUCCGUUUCAGCUCUGCGGUGAAUUACGUUGUCAGAAUCGGAUACAUUCUCCAUCUAGUUCUCGUCUUCCCCGUUAUCCACUUCUCCUUGAGAGAAACCGUUAAUACCUUGUUGUUUGAAGGCUCGCCUCCUCUCUCCGAAAGCAAGAAGAGAUCUCUGGGGCUCACAUUGAUCUUGCUGGCUCUUAUUUACAUCGGCUCGACGAUGAUCCCAAACAUAUGGACUGCUUUCAAAUUCACAGGGGCAACGUCAGCGGUGUCGCUUGGUUUUACCUUCCCUGCUCUCAUCGCAUUACGGUUAGGGAAACAGAGCAAUUCGUUAAGCUUUGUGGAGAGAUCUGUCUCGUGGUUGAUGCUAAUCUUGGCGGUGGUGGUUAGCAUCGUGGGAACCGUUGGCAACGUAUACAGCAUCAGAAGCAAAUCAGAUUAACGAUGAUGCUUGUUAAUUACAGGAUCUUGUAGAUUUUUAUUAUACAAAGCAGAGAUUCUCAGUCCAAUACAGAAGAACCGGAAAUCUUCAGUUUUUGUGACUGCUACAUGCACCUUAGGAUCUCGAUCAAAUGGCCUUUGUUCAGGCUAAAUCCAACGAUGUCCGGUUUGUGAAUUGAUUCAGGUUACGAGAUUAUCAUCAUAACCCAUGAGCUUCUAUGUAUACAGACCAGAUUCUUAUUGAUUUUUUUUUUUUUAAUAUUUAUACACGCAAUUUUGCUGUUUUUGUA